CUCACAUCCAUCUCUCUCUCUGCUUCUCGAGAGCGAAGUCCGACCGAGCACGCGCUGUCGAAUUGAGCACCGUCUUUGCUCGACGCGUUGUGAACUCCUAAACACCGCCCUCUCGUCACGCGUUGUCAGAGUCAAGGUUGCGUGCUGAAUCAACCAACUUCAAUUUUGCAUUGAAACUCGACUCCAGGUAGCUCGUGUCUUGUGGGCUGAUCGUGAAGCCGAAGUUUGCCGCUCGAUCGCCUUGUCAGCGUGCACCGGCAAUCAUCCAGUAGUGCAUCCAUCAUCUCACAUCCAUUGUGCUUCAUCGAGCAGCACUGCUCCGCUUCGCACUCACCGAUCCUUCACAUCCGCUCUUGAUCGUCCAGAUCAGCUCGUUCCGGACACGCAUUCAUCAGAGAUUUCUUCGCGUACGACUGCAACCACGUCCCGCAUGCUUGGCUUGCCGCCCAUGGAGUACUUGUGGUGAGGAUGGUUGUGGACGCAAGAGCGACCUACUGCGUGGCCAUCCUUGCGGGCGCGAUCUCAAGCUUCGCCUCAAUGCUACUCGUCACUGCCAUCUCGGAUCAUUUCACCUGGCUCUUCAUCCUUUUGGAAAUCUUUUCGGGGUGUCUCGGCUGCUUGACGGCCAUUGAGUUGCUGCUACCCUUGCGCAGUCGACUUCGACGAGCCAGAAGGCGAGCCCUAUACUCGCACCCCCUUGGCCGUAUAGGUGCUUCUCUGAGCGAGUCUGUCGGUGAUGGAGGACCCAUGCACCAUUCCACUUCCUCUGAAAGGUCGACUCUGGUGACCAAGUGGACCAGCGUGCGCAUUUUCGUCGUCUUUUCCAUCCGAUCGAUUUCAGCUACGCUGCUCACUCGCGCUACCAUAGAAGACUUGCAGCAUGCCGUCGAAGCCACAGCGCAAAAGUUGCCAGAACAGUGGACUGUCGAAACAAUGGGAGUCAGGACAGCUAGCGAGCCGGAUCGAGCCACUGCCAAAGCUCUACUAUCGCUCGUCUGGGCCUCGGUAGCUUGCCUUACCUUGGCUGUCUGUAUGGCUGUCCGCAUUCUACGACGUUCAACUUCGCCAUCUGCCAGAGCAGCUGAUAAAGGCUCGGAAAGAAGCAUCGCAGAUUUGGGAGUCAAAGAUAGGACAGCCUCUAGUUCCAAUGGCACAGAGCAGCCCUUCACGCCCGAUGCUCCGCCCAGAGCGAUCGUUCGACUGCGAGACAAACGUCUUUGGACAGAGCAGAGGAGUCAAAGCUGCUCCUUGAGCAACGCCUAUGCUACAGACGCCACUUCUCUGUCGCCCAUUGUCAGUGCGCCGGGAACCCUCUCGCAAGUAGAAAGCGUCCAGGAUCACGCCCUCUCCAGAACGUCAUCCCAGACGCGUUCCGCGCGCAACUUGCGCGUGUCCUUCACAUUUCCACCUCAGGUAUGUGGAUCGCCGCUCAAGUAUGCUUCUGGUCUGGAGGAAGGCAAUACACGAUCCGAAUGUGAAGUCGAGCAUGGAAAACGUGUUCCUAGUCCGCGCGGCAAUGGGACCUCACGGGCGACUCGAACGUGCCUAUACCCCGCGCGACCAGCUCCGGCGUGUGUCCAAGGGGAGUCCGAGGUAGAGGCCGAGCUUGGCGCGUUUUUUCGCUCGCUGACUGCCUAGAAGCCGGCAAGGCGCCUCGUCUGAUAAUCGAGUGCUCAGCGAGGCUACCUCUGGGUGUCGCAAACGGUCGACGCUGCUCAGGGCUCCGAAUCGCAUGUCCAGCUCUGAGGAGGAGGAGUAUACCCCGCGUCCCUGCAAGUCGGGCAGGUCCUUCACUUCGUGAGCAAGGAUAAGACGACGGACGUGCAUGGGCGGUCGUGUCCGCUUCGAUGUCAGUUGCGAUUUGCCCCUCUGGAUGCCCUCCUCUCUACCCAAGGCGUCGUGGUGAGAUCUAAUGCUUGUUGCUAGCAUCUCACAUUCAGCUCGAGGUUACGUUCCGUAAGAUGUCUUGGGACCAACGGCAUCGUUAUGUCUGGUAUGGAUGUGAUCCGAUAGGAAUUUGGCGCUCGAAGUAACCUCCUCCCGUCAUCGUU